AAAUCCCAGGACCCAGAAAUUCCACUCUGGGGUAUAUAACUUAGAGAAACUGUAGCACAUGUACAUCAUUCCAUCAUCAUAUAAAAUAGUAGAAUAAAUAAAUAAUGGAAUAUUAUAUAGCAGUGCAAAUGAACUAAAACUAGAUGCAUCAAUGUGUUAAUCUCAAAACACACAAUGUUGAGUAAAAAAGCAAACCACUGGAGCAUAUAUACAUACAAAAGGCUAAGUUCUAUUUAUGAAAAAAUUCCAAAACAGGAAAAGUUAAAUAAUAUAUUGGUUAAUGAUGCAUUUAGUUAGUAAAACUAUAAAAAAACACACAAAUCAAUGAUUAUCACUAAUUUGAGGGUAGUGGUUACAUCUGCUGAGGGAGGGGAGAUGCUAGCAGGGAGAUGUCAUCAAGGAGGGUCCCUCAGAGGGUUUUAAGAUACUGAAAUUAAUGUUCUAUUUUUUAACUUAGGUGAUGAGUACACAGAUAUUCAAUCCUUAAAAUUAUUCUUGAUAUUACAUUAAUAUUUUAUAUAUCCCUUUGUGUAUAUUUUAUAGUAGAAACAAAUCAGUGCCUAGAACUGAACACACAACUCUAGCUAAUUGAUCAUACUAGGAGACAAUCACCUCCUUCAUUUUGAGUACUUUGACUUUGUUUUGUGAACCCAGGUUAACAUUUAUACUGCUAAACUUUCUAUUAUUUGAUUUGGCCAUUUUUUUCACUUGUCCUCCCAGCCAUCCAAGCUCUCACCAGACCAGAUCAUCUUCUUCGAUAAUGAUCAUCUUUCAGAUACUGACAUUUCUGAGCCAGCCAGGCUUGAGGUCCAAAUCACAGCUGGCAGAUGUGUCAACUUUUCUGAAAGCCCAUCUUAAAGCAGAUUCCUUAACAAGCUCACAACCUGUUUAUCCUGAGGUUAUCUGUUUAUAGUUUAGCCAAAGAAGGCAAUGCCUCACAUGAGGUUAUGUUGAUAAGAUGAUGAUAGCAUAUUCUCACUCAAGAAGAAUACUAUUUCCUGAAAGGAUAAAACCCCAACAGGGAAAACCCCUGGUGUUCUCAUAGGUAGGGCUGGACUGCCACCCAAGCUGAUAACAUAGUUCCGUCCAGAGAAGGAAGGCCGAAUGCACUUAUUUAUUCCUGGAAGCUCUGUGGGUAGGUGUGCAUCUUUCAUAUCUUAAAGACUCACAGAACUUGAGCUGGAAAGAGGUCCCAAUCCUGAAGAACCUUUUCAAAAUCCAGGGUGCUGAAUUUUUCCUGCUGCCUAGAGGUUCCAAACCACCUCUUGAGAAUGGCAAACUGUUUGCUUAACCAUUGGCUCUCAGUUUUGGUUCUGGUUAUGUGGUUGGGGCUGAAUGUUUUCUUGUUUGUGAAUGCCUUCCUGUCAUAUGAGAAGGGGGACAAGUACUACUACACAAGAGAAAUCCUGGGGUCGGCAUUGGCCUGGGCCAGAGCAUCUGCUCGCUGCCUGAAUUUUAACAGCAUGCUGAUCCUGUUUCCCAUGUGUCGGAAUCUGCUCUCCUUCCUGAGGGGCACCUGCUCAUUUUGCAGGCGUACUCUGAGAAAGCAACUGGAUCACAACCUCACCUUCCAUAAGCUGGUGGCAUAUAUGAUCUGCCUACACACAGCUAUUCACAUUGUUGCACACCUGUUUAACUUUGAACGAUACGACAGAAGCCGACAGUCCACAGAUGGAUCCCUUGCUUCUGUUCUCUCCAGCCUAUCUCAUCAAGAAAAAGAGGGGGAUUCUUGGCUAAAUCCCAUGCAGACCACAAACAUGACAGUGAUAUAUAUGACACUCACCAGCAUUCCUGGUUUCACCGGAGUGAUCAUCACAAUAGUUCUGGUUCUCAUGGUGACUUCAUCUAUGGAAUUUAUCCGGAGAAGUUAUUUUGAGGUCUUCUGGUAUACACAUCAUAUUUUUAUCAUUUACUUCAUCGGCUUAGGAAUUCAUGGCAUUGGUGGAAUUGUCCGGGGUCAAACAGAAGAAAGCAUAAAGGAGAAUCAUCCUUAUAGGUGUGCAGAGUUUUUUGAGAAGUGGGAUGAUCAUGAUUUCCAUUGCAAGAGCCCCCAAUUUGAAGGGAACUCCGCUGAGUCUUGGAAGUGGAUCCUUGCACCAGGUGUUCUUUAUUUCUUUGAAAGGAUCCUCCGAUUGUAUCGCUCCCAGCAACAGGUUAUGAUUACCAAGGUUGUCAUGCACCCAUCCAAAGUUUUGGAAUUGCAGAUGAUCAAGCGUGGCUUCAGCAUGGAAGUGGGACAGUAUAUUUUUGUUAACUGCCCCUCAAUCUCCUACCUGGAGUGGCAUCCCUUUACUCUGACCUCUGCUCCAGAGGAAGACUUCUUCUCCAUUCAUGUCCGAGCAGCAGGGGACUGGACAGAAAAUCUCAUAAAGGCUUUUGAACAACAGAACUCACCAAUUCCCAAGAUUGAGGUGGACGGUCCCUUUGGCACUGCCAGUGAGGAUGUUUUUCAGUAUGAAGUGGCUAUGUUGAUUGGAGCAGGAAUUGGGGUCACCCCCUUUGCUUCCAUUUUGAAGUCCAUCUGGUACAAAUUCCAGCAUGCAGACCACAACCUCAAAACACAAACGAUAUAUUUCUACUGGAUCUGCAGGGAGACAGGUGCCUUUGCCUGGUUCAAUGACCUGUUGGCUUCCCUGGAACAGGAGAUGGAGGAAUCAGGCAAAGUUGGGUUUCUCAACUUCCGUCUCUUCCUCACCGGAUGGGACAACAACAUUGCUGGUCAUGCAGCAUUAAACUUUGACAAAGCCACAGACAUCCUGACAGGUCUGAAACACAAAACUUUCUUUGGGAGACCUAUGUGGGAUAAAGAGUUUUCUACAAUAGCUACCAUCCACCCCAAGUCUGUGGUGGGAGUCUUUUUAUGUGGUCCUCAGGCUUUGGAAAAGUGCCUGCGUAAAUGUUGUCACCAAUACUCCAGUCUGGAUCCUAGGAAGACUCAAUUCUAUUUCAACAAAGAAAAUUUCUGACUUAAAGAAAUAAGGACCAUUGUCUGCAUUUAGUCUCUCCUUUGUAUCUUCAACAAUGUACUUGGUCUGGGCAGACAUUUAAGGACCAGAACGUGACUCUCUGGCAUUCUUUUUUUGGUUGGAUUCAGUUUUGUUUUCUGAACUUAAUGACAAGUGCUGGCGAAGAUGUGCA